UAGACGAUGGUCCCGGUCGAUGCUGCACUCGAUGAUGGCGGCAAAUUCGAAAUUCGCGUGCGCUACGUGACCGCAGGUCGCGUAACGCGUUUCCAUCGGUUUCCCCUUUGCUCUCACGCACCGUUGACGUUUCAAAUAAGUGCCCUUUCUGUUUAGCGCUCGUCAUCGCUCCUUCGAUUUUCUACAAUUGUUGCUGUGAGUUUCGAUGACUCUGCGAUCGAGGAUUUGUUUAACAUUUGAACGAUGACAAAUCAGAAUUUGCAGACGUAAUUGAUGAAUUAGCGAGAGCGCCUCGGGCCGCCAUUACGACGCGAAUCGGUACUGAUAUCAUCAUCGUCGAGGUGCCUAAAUUCGUGCCUUUACUCGCUUUCGUGAACCACCGCCACCAUUUUCAUCGAAUCUCUUCUAAGCAGUCUUAACUAAGUGCUGUAUUAUCUACGACCUGUGAUGCAACAAAAUUCUUAACAUUUGUGAACUAGAAUGGAGCAGAUCGCUUUGUUGUUAUCAUCGACCGGACUGAGCGCGGACGAUCUGAUCAAGAAGUUAUCCGAAUACAAGAAUCUGCAGGCAAAUGAUCCGAGGAAGCCGGCAGAAACGAACGGGUCCACGUACGAGUUGCAGGAUGAAGAUAAAGAAACGGAAGAGACGGAGGUGCAGACGGAAAUCGUCGGUCUGAACUAUAAGGUAUGUGACGACAGUGAAGAGGUGAGGAGUGACGAUGUUCCUCCGGUCGCGGAGAAACGGAUGGUGAGGGAGAUCAGCAUCGAAGAAGAGGUAAUAGAAUUGGAUGAUCGAGUUAUGGAAUCGGGUAAAAAAAACAUCACAAUACAUAUGGCUCUGGACGAUGAAAUGUGCGUGGACAGCCCUAAGCUUGGGGAAGACUACAGUUCUUCGGAUUCAAAGGAGAACAGUUCGAAUUCAUCAAAUCUACUUGAACGUCUUGUUUGUAUGGACGAUGAGGAGAGGUCAAGCUCAACGAUAAUCAUCGAUGAUGAUUCCCAAAAUGAUGACAGCAAUUCGAAUUCUACAUUUGAUAAUGCGAAGACAACGGAAUCGGACGUUACAAUCGAGAGAAAGGAAUCGGACAAUAUUGAAGAGAACACUAAGACUGAUAAUUCCGUUCCGUCCGGCGAUAUGCGCCAGCAAAUAUUGAAUCAGCUUCAGCAGUUGCGAAUGAAAAAGGAUCCUCUGGUGGACAUUGCAGCGUACCCUGUAAGUAACUUUUACGAGCAGCGAAUGCCCAAGAAGAGCGAAGACGAUUCAAUUGCGAACAAUUCAACAUCGAUUGGCCAAGUUAGCAGCGGUUCCAAGAAAGUCGAUGUUAUUAGUAGGGAUUCACCGACGAUGUCCAAUCACCAGGUGUUGAAUGAUUCCCUCGCUAGCCGGAUGAUCAGUUUGACGAAGACGAAAGAUUACAAACAAAUCAAAGGAUGGCGCCGGAAAAAGAUAAUUUUCGAUGCGCCGCCUUUGGACGAUAAGCCGCCAGUACUCAUCAAGGAAGAACCCAUAAAAUCGCGCUCCCCGUCUCCAACAGCUUCAUGCAGUUACGAUGUCGACAAGAACCUGGAAGAUCCUCAGCCGUCGUGCAGUUACGAAACCGAUACAUCGCAGCCGCCGCAGAUCGCUAACGUCUUCGCCAGCAAUAAUUUAGACGGAUUCCUCGACCAGCAGAAGGAUCUCAAAAUCAGCUACAACGUACCCAACCUGAAGUCGAGCAAUCGUGACUCUAUAAACCUGCUCGACGAUACUGUCAUCAACAUUCCACGUUUGGAAGUGGAGUCGAAGAAGAAGAAAACUGAGGUUAAGAGCGCAGAGGAACAGCCGCAGCAGAAAAAAGAGAUCAACGGAUUCAAACCGAGAACGCUGGCCGAGAAGCGAAAGCUGCUGGAAACCGGUGAGCUGGAGAAGAAAUCUAAAAAACUGAAAAAUCAGCAACAGGUAUCUGCUCCGACACCGGCGCCGCCUCCACCGCCAGACGAUUCUGGAUUGAUUUACAGUACGAUCUAUUAUAGAGGAAAAAAGUAUAGAGUGCCGACCAAGUAUAAGAAAAACGUGUACCUAAACAAUGAACGAUCCAAGAAGAUGUACAAAUACGUUCCGAUACGUAAGUACAAGAAGCCGAAAGUCGACAGUUUAGUUGCUAUGAAGACGGAGGACAGGGUGAAAUUGGAGGAGAUGCCGAAGAAGAAACCGUCGAUUUACGCCAAGACGGAGGUCAAGCCGCAAUUGAAGUAUAGGCCAGGUCCAUUGUCGAAGAAGGCCUCAUUGGUGGUCGGACAAUCGAAAGACUGGAAGCCGAUCGUCAAGGAGUUGCCGCAAGUAGUGCUGCACGUGACGCCGGAGUUCGGCAAAGAAGUGCACCCAAGGGCAAGGCAAUUUAUAAACUACGAUAAUAGCUCCGAGAUUACACCUGAGCGCCUCGAAUUUGCAUUGACCGCUCUACGGUGUCCACCCCGCCAGAAAGAACCAAAGACGUACAAAUUCAAAGUUCCUUACGAGCACAACCAAAAGUAUAUACUACUCCAAGAGCCUAUCGCGAAAACGGAGAAAGAAGCAGCAGAAGAGACGCCGGAGAAUGCGACCGACCAAGGCGAAUUGAACUCGGUGGUCGAGUCUGUCGUCGCAGAUCUAUUAAAUUGCGUGGAGAUUAAGGAGAUCGAGAGCAGCAUAAUACAGGAAGAUCCAGACAGAGUGGAAGUUCUAACUGAUAGCACGAAUAACGCCGGUUCAUCGAAUAAGGUUUCGAAAAGGACGCAGUUUUUCAAAAAGGCGACGAAGCGAACCAGUUCCGAACUGAAGCGGUUGAACGUGAAGUUCAUCGAGGUUAACAUCGAGGAGAAAGAUGAAAAGCCGGUGGACUGUCCGAACGAGUACUGUAAGUUGGGCUGCGUGUGCCGCAGUCUGAGCAGCGUGGCGAUACCAUCCGACCAUUGCGGCGAGAGCAAGUGCAUGUUCGAGUGUACGUGCAAAUUCAAGAAGAACCAUACGAAUUCGCUGAAAGUUCUGGUUCCGCCCGGCACCGACAUCCUAUCCGAUACGACAGUCAGUCGGCUGCAGAAUGAAGCGAAAAAGAAUUUGGCGCGCGUUGAAAAGGAAUUCACGCAGACCGUCAUCCAAGCGUACAAUCAGACGAUAGUCGUCGGCGACAACAUCGAUCGCAAGAAACGGAGUUUAAAGGUGCCCAAAAAGUACAAGGAUUAUCUGGAGUUGAGCGAAUUGGAUUUCGAGAGGGAAUCGAACGAUAAAAAGGCCACGAAACGAUGCGACGUGCGAAUGUGCUGUCUGGAGGUGCCGCAGAUUAUACCGUACUGUUUGGAGCACUACCUGUACGAUUGCCACUGCAAGGGAGAGGCCGAGUACACGAAAGCAAAGCCGAUAUUGGAACCGUUCGAUGCGUUGCUCAAUUUGGAUUCGAACGAUCGCGACGAGGAGAUGCUGCAGGAUCGUAUACAAUCUACGAAGGAGCAGAAGACCGUAGCAGAGAAAAUAGAUGUGCUGUCGUGCGCAAGAAGCAAAGGCAUCUCGACCGAUUAUUAUGCGGUGAGGAAUCGCACUAAAGUCUUCAAGAAAAAGUUGAUCAAAAAGCUGAUGCUAGUCCCGGAGGAAAUACCCGACGGAGUGAUGUUAGGUGCGUGGGUCGAGGUCACGGACAAAUGCGAGAGAACCAGCGUAAAAACGCAAUCGGAAGGUGUCAUGACUUUGUUUGAGCCAUUGUCGAAGUUGAAGAGCAGAAGGAAGCAGAACCUGAAGACGCGUGAGCAACUCGCGCAGGACUUUGCGAUACAGCGUCGAAAGAGAGCGAAGGUGCUUCAUUCGUCUGCGCCGAACAAACGCAGCGUCGGACUGUACAAACCCAGUUCGUUGAUCAAUGCGAAGUUCGCGAAGCUCAUGGGUGAGAAUCCAGAAAAGUCCGAAUUCAUGCUGUUCGUGUGGUCGUCCUUGCUGAAUAAGUUCGAAGAAAACUUGAUACAAAUCUGGUACGCGACGCCCGUUUCCAAUAAAGUCAAAUAUAUUAUCACCGAGCCAACGAAACGACCGAUCAACGGGUUCGAGAACAUUCGGGUGUUCGAAUCACGGCCAGCGGAUACACCGAUAAAAUUGGAUUUGGUCAAGUGGAUAUACGAAAAGGAGGCGCCCGGUGGUAAAAAUCCCGACGACGUACUGGUUAUCUUGAAGACGGCGAAUCUCUACUGGGAGAUUUGCGGCAUCUGCGCAAAGAACUCUAAGAAAGAGGAGAAUCUAGUCGUGGUCGACGUUGACGUGGACUCUCUUUGUGAUAAUUCCAAAAGUAUUGCUAUUAAUGUGGAUUCGCAGCAACAGGCGUCGUCACCGCCGCCGCCGCCGCCUCUUCCUCCAUCUACUUCGACGAUUUCAUCGUCCAGACAGGAAGAGCCCAAGGUGAUCUUCUCCCACGGGAUAUUUCAAAGCAGAUAUCUACUGCCUUGCAAAUGGACGAGCAGAGAACAAAUGGGCUACAUAGCAUGUCUCCCCAACGUGCAGGACGUCUGCAAAUGGUACGUGCUGCAGACAAACACCAAGUUCCAACUGUUGACAUUCGCCCGCAAUAACUAUCGCAUAAAGUCGAGCGACAUACAGGCAGUCCUCAAACUAUCCAAGCAGUCGAACAAGACUGUGAUCAUAGACACAGAUUCGAUGUCGUUCAGCGAUUCGCACAAGGAGUUCGGCAUCUACAUCGAUCCCAAAUACUCUAGCGUUCUCUUCAUCGGCCCGUACAUGUUCUACGAGAAACUCGACGUGUACAAGGUCAAUUCGAACGCGAACAAUGAGCUGAUCACAGAUUCGCUCGACUCCGAAGAUGGUUGUUGGUAUCAUCAGGUGCGGAGGACACAAUACAACCACCAGUUGUCACAACGGCACAUGAUUAACGCGUCAAAACAUAUUCAAGAGAUAUUGCCGAAACCGUCGAUGUCACCGCACAAAUUUACUAAACUAUUGACGAUAAGCCCCAAACAACAACAGCCAUCGAAACCAAUUCUCUCGGAUUUCAUAGAUCUCACGCAAGAUCAGCUCCCGCUUCUGGCAUCACCCACGCCGCAAAUGCCGACGUGCUCGCCCAGGUCAAUCUUAAAAACGAAUGUGUUGAAGGUGAACAUCUGCGACGAGAAAGUAGCCCAGACGAUAGAAGAGUCUGCAUCGAAGCAGUCACCGAAGACGGAAAAAACGUCCACCACGAAGUCUCCGCAAUCGCCAGCACCAAAGUUAUCGAAGAUUGUGAUGCCUCUGUUGAAGCCAACGAUGAGAUCGAAAUCGACCGCAAUGUCUUCUUUGCCCGUACCAACGCCGAAGUUAACAAAAGUAAAUUGUUCACCGCAAUCGAGCGCACGGCCCGUACCGCAGAUAAUAGCCAUACAAAAGUCGUUACCAAAACUGGCGCCGAAGAUAUCAUCAACUACGUUAAAACCAUUACCCACUUUGGCGCCGAAACCGAUAGCAUCAACGUCUACUACCCAACCAAUACCAACACCUACUCUGACCCUAAUGCCGCAAAUUGUGCGGAUUCCAAAACCUCCAACGAACGCAGCAAUCGAAGAACCGAAAUCUGCUGCUGCUGUGUCGGCAAGCCCGGAGUUGCACAUAGACUUGCACAGUCUGUACGAAACGCGACUGAAAUAUCUGAUGAAGACGAACCAUCUGAUGUUGCCCAACGACGCCGAGCCCGUUGCGUUUCAGGUAAAUUUCAACGACGGUCUCUUGCACGGCUACAAAUUGGACAACAUGCAGUACGUGUACUGGCCCGGUGAGAAAAUCUCCAGGCGAUGCUUCAAGAACAUUAACAAUGCCAUCCAGUGGAUGAAAACUGAGAUCAAAGCAAGCUUCAUUAUGGUUCCGGAAUCCUUCGAAAUCGUGGUGAAUCUCGUCGAAAGUCAGAAUUACAUGACUGCCCUGGGCCGACAGACUAUCAAUGCCAAGUAUUUUUCCCAUCUCUGUAUUGUCGGCUUGUUUGGAAUAUUGAAGAUGAACGAUGUUGCAAAUUAUCUGUUCGAUAAUCCGAAUCUGAAUCAGAAUUCAGAGCUCAUAUCCAGUUUGGAGUCCAACGAUCUGUGCGAUCCGGUGUUCAAGCAGACCAUGAUCGAAAUGCUGGAGGCGUGCGAGUUGCACUACAUGGAUCUGUUGAAUAGGUUUGUUUUGCAGUGCAUGUUGCAGUUGCGAUCGCACAUCGCGUCGGAAUCGACGAAGUGCAGGGAACUGGCCGACGUUAAGGAGAGAUUGAGGAACAGGAGAAACGAGCUGAUGAAAAAGCGAAACAUUUUGGAGAUUGGUCAGUCAAGGCAACAGACGUUGCCACAGAAUCCGCUCGCCUGCGACGAAGUCAUCUGCUUGGACUCGGACGAUGAGACGGGGGAAGAGCCGCAGCAAGAGAAUAAUGCGAGCAGUGAGGUUAUCACUAUCGAUACCUCGGAGAGUGGAGGAGGUAAAAUUGUGCUUAUCAAAUUGGAUGAGAGGAAGGAUGCGCUGAAGCGGCCGGCAAGUGCUCCUGUGAUACCGGUGCCGAAGCGUCCAGCAAGUGUUCCCUUGGUACCGGCGUCGUCUCCUGCGCUUCCGGCCUCGGGCCCUGCCAGAAACAAACGCAGAUCACGUGAACUUUCUGCUGGCGUCCAAGCGAAGAGACCCAGAGCAGCAACAUCAGCGGCAGCAGCAGCGAACGCCACCGGUGAAAACUCUGCGGGAAUCGAGCAGAUCGAUCUGUCCUACAUCAGCUUCAGCGAGGUGCGUUCAUUCCUGGGGGCCAAUGGGGACGGUUCCGCCAUGCAGGUCACGCAGAAUCAGUUGCGACAGCUGAAGGCUCUGUCCGUGAAGAAACCGCGCUCUUUGGCGGAUCUCACGUCGAGGAGCGACUGUUGACCGGUCAAUGGUUGUUGUUAAAUAUACAUAAUUGUUCAGUGAAAAUACCAAAAAAAAAAAAAGAGGAAAAGAAAUAUGGAUAUAUG